AUGUUACUUCUAUUUCUUUUUAAUAAUUUUAACAAUCUGAAGAAUCCGUCUAAAAAGUACUUCAAAAGAGGAGAGCUUAUUGCAAAGGAACAAGAAGAUUAUUUUAAGAAGUAUGGUGUUAAAGUGGAGGAGACUCUAAAUGAUGACUCUGUAAAAAAUGAAGAUAAUGCAAAAAAAUUGGAAAACGAGUCUGAGCAAAAUGAUAGUGCAACUCUGCCUCGAACUGAAGUUAUUAAAAGACUGAGGGAAAGAGGUCACCCAAUAAUUUUGUUUGGUGAAAAUGAAGUUCAGUCAUUUAGACGACUUAGACGAAUAGAAAUCCAAGAACCUGAAGCAAAUAGAGGUUUGAGAAAUGAUUUUCAAGAAGCAAUGGAAAAAGUGGAUCAAGCUUAUCUUAAUGAAAUCUUAGCAUUAGGAACACAAAAUGAUAAUGAUAAAGGUCACAAAGAAGAUGACUUGGAUGACUCCAUUACCUAUGAAUUCAUUCAAGAAAUGGCCAAAACUAUGGGCCAAGGAGACAGAAAUCAUGAUAUGACUGUUAUUAUGACAUUAUUGCAGUUUCUUCUAAAAAUGUGGGGUCAGCAACUGAAUUCAGCAACAGCUGCCGAGAAAACUUCAGUUAAACACAAAAUGGCAAGAGCAACAUACACACAAACACAAGUGUACCUUAAGCCACUUACUAGAAAAUUAAAGAAAAAGUCAUUACCGGAAGAUAUUUGCGACAGCUUAAUGGAAAUCACAAAGCAUCUAUUGGAAAGAAAUUAUAUAAUGGCUAGUGAUGCAUAUCUUCAAAUGGCAAUUGGAAAUGCACCAUGGCCCAUUGGCGUGACUAUGCAUAAAAGUAGAUUUUAUGAAGCUGUU